UUUUCCGGGUAUUCUCUCUUGCUACAAUUCCAUAAUUUCCAUUCAUUCUCCUUAGCUGUUUGAAAGAUGGCCGAACAAAUUCCAUUCAGUCUUAUUGAGAAGCUUUUGAUGACGCUGGGGUCUUCUAUUUACGGAGAAAUUGGGUUGAUGUAUGGUGUCCGAAACGAGCUGGGAAAGCUUCAGGAGAAACUGUCCAUGAUCAAAGCUGUACUUGUUGAUGCUGAGGAGCAGCAGCAGAGGAGCCAUGCUGUAGCAACUUGGGUGCAGAGGCUUAAAGAUGUUGUUUAUGAUGCUGAUGACUUGUUCGAUGACUUUGCAACUGAAGAGUUACGGAGAAAAACGGAUGUGCAGGGAAGAUUUGCUGGACAAUAGAACAACAAUAUAC